AUGGCACCUAGCGGUGUUAUCGAACGGCAGCUCUCCAUCAUCUCCUCUUCCAGUGACAGGAUCCUUCAGAGAGGAGACAUCAGACUAAGCAUCAGGUGGGAGAAGCUCCAGAUGACGUCUAGCGAGAGGAGGAAGAUCAUUUGUUCUGUGACGUUCCAUGUCAUCGCCAUAACUUGCGUGGUGUGGUCCCUCUACGUGCUCAUUGACCGCACUGCAGACGAGAUCAGAGCAGCCGGAAGAAUCCCAGGUAUCCUGGAGUGGCCAUUCUGGACCAAACUGGUGGUGGUGGCCAUCGGCUUCACUGGCGGCCUGGUCUUCAUGUACAUCCAGUGUAAAGUCUACAUCCAGCUGUGGCGAAGACUCAAGGCCUACAACCGGGUGAUCUACGUCCAGAAUCGCCCGGAGACGUGUAAAAAGCAGAUGUUGGAGAAGCCUCCCCUCAUGGAGCCCAAUGUGGAGACAAGGAGGCUCUGGCCCCCCCCAGUCAGACACAAACUCCUCCAGUACACAGAGACAGAAGACUACACACCAGGUAUCCUGGAGUGGCCAUUCUGGACCAAACUGGUGGUGGUGGCCAUCGGCUUCACUGGCGGCCUGGUCUUCAUGUACAUCCAGUGUAAAGUCUACAUCCAGCUGUGGCGAAGACUCAAGGCCUACAACCGGGUGAUCUACGUCCAGAAUCGCCCGGAGACGUGUAAAAAGCAGAUGUUGGAGAAGCCUCCCCUCAUGGAGCCCAAUGUGGAGCACAAGGAGGCUCUGGCCCCCACCCAGUCAGACACAAACUCCUCCCAGUACACAGAGACAGAAGACUACAGUAUGGAAGUGCUCCAUGUCUGACCCACAUAUACACACAUACAGGGACACACCAUGUCUGACCCACAUAUACACACAUACAGGGACACACCAUGUCUG